CAGCUCUAGAUAUCUGUCAAAUCUCUCUGAAAGGACAAGGAACAAUGCUUCGCUGGGUCUUGCUUGCUUUGCUCAUUGGCCUCUGUGCCAGUGCUGGGGAACAGAAAGCUAAAAAGAAAGUGAAGAGUCAGUCCUUGUCAAGAGGAUGGGGAGGUGGUAUUAACUGGGCCCAAAAUUAUGAAGACGGCCUAGCAAAAAUGGCCAAGAGUCAGAAACCUCUCAUGGUCAUUCAUCAUAAAGACAACUGCCCACACAGUAAAGACCUGAAGAAGGCAUUUGUUGUGGAUAAGACUAUCCAGAAAAUGGCAAAAGAGGAUUUCAUCAUGCUCAACGUGGUGGAAGAGACUUCGGACAAGAAUCUGGCACCUGACGGUUACUAUGUUCCCAGAAUCCUCUUUGUUGAUCCAACCUUGACUGUGCGCACAGACAUUACUGGAAAGUACAGCAACCACCUCUACACCUACACAGCGAGUGACAUCCAGGACCUGGCCGACAACAUGAAGAAAGCCAAAGUCCUGCUGCACAGCGAACUCUAACGUGGUGCCUGACGUCUCAGCAUCUUCCACACAUGACUGCUCAGUGGCCAGAACUGAACAGAACUGAAUUAUUUAAAUGCUUUUGGUGCUCAUUAAAACCAAAAUAAAGGAAAAGAAAGUCAUCUUCAGUCUUUCU